UUACCCGCAUUUUAAGCGCAUGUUCUUGACAGGAUACGCAAAACUAGAAAGCAAGCAAAAGGUAACAGAAAAACCAUUAAAACGACUACAUGUAUAUGUAUUUGCAGAGUGGCAAGUCAUACUUGCAUAGGCGACUAAUUGUCAAUGGAGUACCAGCAAGUAAAUCGUAGGUUGUACGGCAACAGUAUAUCGGGUAAGGAAUUCCAAAGCGAUGUAGAACGUGGGAAAGAUAUUGGAAUAGUCUUGUUCCUGCACGUCUAGGUAUAUCAUGCAACGGUGCAUGCAUGAGAACAGCAGAAAGCCAAGGUUGUCACUCAAACUAUAUGUCAAAGAUCACAUCGUUUGUGAUGUGAAAUAGACAUCCAUGCAUUUUAUAUGAAGGAUAUUUGUACCAGCUAUAUUGAGUCAGAGCUCUUGAGGCUGUGACCUACAACUCGAUCAGUCGGUAAUAAUUCUUGUCGUUGAGAGGUUUUUUAUGGCAGCAUCACUAGACACGGCGAAGUAUAAAACCGCUGUCUGGAUGAACGGCAGUGGUUAGGUUGAGGGCUGAUGUGUAUUUGAGACGUAUAGGCCUAUGCCUACACGAAUGAUGACGACCACUCAAAGUUGGCAGACCCAGAAAGUUGGGUAUAACCUACUGUAACUUGAUAUAUAGUUAAUGUUAUGUGGUGCACUCGGACUUUUUGAUUUUUAUGCCGGAGAGAUUUAUUGGGCCUUUUUUUUCAUUACAAAACUGACGGAGCGGAGUUACAGACUUCAUGUGGCCGAACUUUUGAUGAGACAACUUUAUCCAGCAGAGGUGUGCUGAAUAAAACGAACGAUAGCCUUUUAUUUAAGUAGCGCAUGGAGCAAAAUGGAUUGAUUCCAGAGGGACGGGAGAAAAUUUAUGGUUGUUUGCUAGCAAAGCUGUACAAUGGAGCUAUCUGUUUUAUAGCCCAUGCUUAGACCGAAGUUUAAUAGGUUUGCAUCGAGGACAGCAAGUAGAACUGAUAUUGUUUAUGUAGUUAACGAUGACAGCUUUGACGAAAACAAGGACCCGGUGGCUGGUCAAGACAAUCAUCUUGAGCCUCUGUUUCUAUGCCUACUUGUUGCUGGGGGCGCUGACCUUCCAGGCUAUCGAGGCCGAGACGCUCAAGAACUCGCUCCGGAAAUCACGAGCAGAGCUCUUCCGAGCGAUUCAUAACUUCACCGAUGCGCACCGGAACUGCGGCGUGGCUACGGGCGGUGUCAGGGCAGUGCUCAAGGCGGCAAAUGCCGCGUGGGAACGGGACGCUUUUCAUGCUGAUGCUGUUCCGUCCAAAGGGGCCCAACCUGUGUGGAACCUGGCCGACUCCAUGGCCUUCUCCUUGUCAGUUGUCACAACUAUAGGUUAUGGAGAUUUAGUGCCCAGGACCAUGGGAGGCCAGCUCAUCUGUACGGUAUACGCAGCCCUGGGAGUCCCGCUCUGCUACUACAUGCUCAUGGUGGUGGGUCAGACGUUCCGUGCAGCCUGGGUGACGCUGUUCCACUGCCUGGCCAAUCUCAAGCACCGUGCAGCCCGCCGGUGUAUGUACCUCAUCAUGCCACUCACCUCGCUGUGGAUCUUCCUGGCCGUCAUACCGAGCCUGACGCUGAUGCAGACUGAGGGCUGGCCGUUCCUGACGGCGCAGUACCACAGCUUUAUCUCGCUCAGCACCAUCGGCUUCGGAGACGAGCAGCCCCGUCGAAGCUCGCCCUACACGGGCUACGUGUACGCACUCAAAGUGAUCUUUGCCUUGUACAUUCUGGUGGGACUCAGCAUUAUCUCCAUUACUUUCAACGGCGUGUCCACGGCAGUUAAAGAGUUUCGGGACAAGAGAAAACGGAAAAGGAAAGAAAGACGUCACAGAAUACAAGUUGAAGACCACCUGGCGCUUGGGGGUAGCCCAGACGUCAUUCCCCUAUCCUAUACACAAAGGCUAUCAGUAUCAAGAACUGAACUGUAAGCCAAGUAACUUUCAUGAUAAGUGCCAUCACACACGUUAGAUCAUGCGGUGUGGAGGGCUGCCCAGAAACUAAUAACUUUGUAAACUUUGAUCAUUAAACAAACUGAUUAGAAUGGAAGACAUCGGUUCAUAACACCGUCAUAUACUUCCGACAAUCCGAACUGCACACCCACUUCCUUAUUGGAGCCUGAUGAUUUCACCCUCAACUGUUCUUGAAAUAUCAGUGGUGAUCUACGGGGCCGCCAAAAAAGGAAAAUAUCAGGAGAAGCAAUAUCAGACGC